CCAUGGCUUUUUGAUGAUGGCUCCAAACUCAUGGAUUCCAUCUACUAAAACUCUUUAACGACCAUUACGACUUGCAAACUCCACCACCUCUGUCAUGGUUUCUAUCUCACACCCUCCAAACAAUAGCUCUAUUCUUAUUCAGGUUCAUGAUAUCCAAAAUGUUUCUCUUGAAGACGAGAAAGCUAUACUUAAACAAGUGGGUCGGAUGCUAAGGAUAUCAGAAGGAGAUGAAAGGAACGCGAGGGAGUUUCAAAACAUGCAUCCAGAAGCAAAGAAGAAAGGUUUCGGUCGACUUUUUCGUUCUCCCACACUCUUUGAAGAUGCUGUUAAGUCCAUCCUUCUUUGCAACUGCAAGUGGACGAGGACAUUGGAUAUGGCUAGAGCUCUAUGUGAACUUCAAGCAGAGUUAGCUGAUGGCUGGAACAGUGAAAAUAUAGUCAAACAUCCCAAAAAGAAAGGGUUAAAGAGAAAGAAAUUUGCUCGAAAACAAAGUAAGGUCAACAAAUGUGUGGACGAGAACAGUGAAAAUUCACAACUUCUAGAAGGCAAUAAUAUUAAAGUUAAGGCAUUAGGGAAUUUUCCAAGCUCAAAAGAACUAGCUACCCUUACGAAGGGUUACUUGAAAAAACGUUGCAAACUUGGGUAUAGAGCAUGUCACAUUUUUGAACUUGCUGAACGUGCAGAGGAAGGAAAGCUUAAGCUUAAGCUCAAGAAAACAUCCAGCUAUGAGGAAAUAUUUGACAAAUUGAGUAAAAUCAAAGGCUUUGGUCCUUAUGCAUGUGCCACACUAAUGAUGUGCAUUGGAUUUUAUCAAAUGGUCCCUAUGGAUACUGAAACAAAGCGACAUUUAUGA